UGUUCCUCUUACCUACUUCCCUUAUCCUUAAAUUAAUUAUAUCCUUAAGGUAGUUGACACCCGGAAAUAUAACAGUAUGAAUGGAAAAGCCAGAUAGGUCAUGAAAUAACCUUUAAGAACAAGCAACUACUUCCACGGCAUUAAAUCGUGUUAUUUUUACAGCUGCUUGUACGUAGGAAGAGCUUCACAAAUGUUUGCACAAGUGAAAACAAGAAGAUAUAAUAGCUGUUAUGUUCCGUUUGCCACAGUAGGCAGCAACAUGUAUUUUAUAAUCUUAUCCACUGUCCUUUUUAUCGCAGUCAAUGGAAGAGCAGUUGACAAGAUCAAACUUGAAGAGGCUGACAAUGGUUAUUUGUUUGAAGGUGACAUGGUAAUGACCAAAGAUAGAAUCGAUACUGCAUUGAAUGGUGGCGUUUCAUCAAAUUCAUAUGCACUUAAGAAGGAUACAAGAUACAGAUGGAAUAAUGGAAUCGUUCCGUUUGUACUGCAUACUUCAGUUAGAAAUAAGGUGUUAAAUGGAGUCGGUGUGAAAGGUCCAACAGAAAGAGCCAUACGAAAAGCAAUGGAAGCCUGGGAGAAAAAAACCUGCAUAAAAUUUGUUGAAAGAACCGAUCAAAGAGAUUUUAUUGAGUUCUUUGAUGCUGGCUUUGGAAAGUGUUAUUCACACGUCGGAAAAACUGGUGGUCAUCAGAGAAUUUCUCUUGGUUUUGGUUGCUUCACUACUGGUGUGGCAAUACACGAAAUAGGUCAUGCGCUGGGAUUGUGGCAUGAACAAUCGAGACCAGAUCGAGACGACUAUGUUGAAAUAUUGUGGAACAACAUUAAGGAAGCAAACAAGCAUAACUUCAGAAAAUACUCUCAUAAUUUUGUUGACAGUCGUGGAAGCCCUUAUGAUUACGAUUCCAUCAUGCACUACGAAUGGAAUGCGUUCUCUAAGAUUCCAUUGGUUCAAAGAACAAUACGUUCGAAGCAAAAAGGAAAAAGUUUUGGCCAGCGUUCGCAUAUUAGCGUACAAGAUGCGUGGCAAAUAAAUAAAUAUUAUGAUUGUAAAAUAUAGUUUAACAUACUAUAUAAUAAAUAUAUUAGACAUUC